AAACUAGCUGACAAAUAUACAAACAAAUGAAAUCAAACAUUUGAUUUUAAGCAUUCUACAAUUAUUGUAUUUAUUUCGUUCAGAGAAAUUAUGAAGAAAAUUAGUUCCUGUGCUGGCAAGUGGAGUUAAAACUGCAAAAACAUCACCUUCUAAGCAAAUGGCGUGUUGGGAUGCUCAGGCAAAUAUGCCGAAAGGAUUUAAUUAUGCUACAGAAAGGACAGAACCUAUGUCUGAAAAACGUGAUAUUAAAAAUGAAAUGAAACCAGAAGUAUCGAUUGAAACAGACUGUAAAAGUGACAUAAAUAUCUCAGAGAUUGCAAAAUCAAGCAUUGUGAAAAUUGAAAAUCAGGUUGGGAAAAUAUUUGAUUCUUUCAUUAUUGAUUAUGAAGAUGACAUGGAACAGAUGCCUACAACUGUUUAUCCAUUCUCCAAAUCCAUUGAAAAGCAAACUGAGCAUGAAGAAAGUGUAGAACCAGCAGAAGAAGAUUUUAAAAAUGAAGAGCCAUUCUAUAUUGUUGAAGUAAAUUCAGAACACAUAGAAAGUGAAGACAUACCAGCAGGUCAUCCAGAAAUGUCAGAACAGGAAGAUUUUACAAGAAUGCUUGAAGAAACUACUGAAGUACGACAGGAAAACACUGAAAAUGAAUGCUCAGAAAUAAAACCUACAGCAGUACAAUUAAACAGUUCAAAGUCCAGGUCUCGAUCACAUCGAAAGUUUGAUUUUAAUUAUAAUAAUGAAUCUUUGAGUACUUCUUUUAGAGUGCAUUCAGAAGAGAAAAGAAGAAUAGAACAAAGUUCCAUAUCUGUUGAAAAGUGUAAACAAGCUUCUAAUUCAAAAACAGAAAAAAAUCAGUCAGUGAUUCUGAAGAGAACAAUACGAAAAUCAAAAAAGGCAAGAACUAGAAGUAGUAAAACUGUUCUACGGAAGUAUAAGAAAGGAACAGGUAGAAGUCAAAAGGCUACAGCUUCACUCUUUAGUUCAACGGCAAGAAAAGACAUAUUGGGUGAUGUUUCAAACACCUCAUCAGCUGUCAGCACUCGCAAAUGUUUUGUAAGUUUAAGACCCUUAAAAGUUGAAGCUAAAGACAAGGAAAUGGCACAGCCAAAAGUAAACUCAACAGGUGAUGCUGUUAAACCAGUACUGUCUAAUAUGGUAUCAACUAGAGGACGCUCAAAGUCUGUGGUUCCUAACAGACCCUAUAAUGACACAAUUGACCCAGGAAAUAAGAAAUCAGUAAACACAUCAGAUGAUGCUGUUGAACCAGUACUGUCUAAUAUGGUGUCAACCAGAAGACACUCAAGGUCUGUGGUUCCUAACAGUCGCUAUAAAGACAUGGUUGAUCCAGAAAUGAAGAAAUCAGACAGUGACAUUGAUGACAGUGAUGCUGACCCAGUCUAUAAACCAUCCAGUGAUGAUGAUGAUACUGAUGAUGACAAAAAUGUAAAUAACAACAUCACUAAGGAGGAUUUGGUAUCAGCAUCAGAAAGAGACAGCAAUGAUUGUGCUGUUGAUCCACAGCUCUGUACAGACAAGUCAGUGACAAUUCUGUCUUCAAAAAAGAAUACAAAAGGCAAUCGUGAUAACAAAAAAACAGCUGUUUUUUUGUGA